AUGGCCAGGAUACCAUGGGUGGUGUCCAUGCUGUUACUGCUGGUGCUCUGCUCCCCAGGGGUGUCCUCAGCCCCCGCCCAGCACUUGUGUGGCUCCCACCUGGUGGAUGCCCUCUACUUUGUAUGUGGAGAACGAGGCUUUUUCUACAGUCCAAACCGACCCCACAAACGGGAUCUGGAACAUCUGCUUGGGUUCCUGUCUAAAAGAGCCAGACAGGAGCAGCGGCUGUGGAGGAUUCUGUCUGGCCACGAUGAGCCCAAGGUCAAGAGAGGCAUCGUGGAGCAGUGCUGCCAUAAGCCAUGCAGCAUUUACCACCUGGAGGGCUACUGCAACUGACUCAUCACUCCAUGACUAGCACACUCAUAGCUUGUAAAAAGUCAAUUUCUGGCUCAGUACUUGCAGGCUAUGUCUUAUCAACUGAAGGAAAUAAAGCUUCAUGACCCAUAA